AGAGUGAGAGAGAGAGAGAGAGAACGAGAGCGCGUGCUUCUGUGCGAAAAUUUCAAAUAUCAACCCCAUCCCGCUCUCUUCCUAAAUUCCUAACCACUGUGUGCGAGUGAUAGAGAUUGGAAAAGAUCGAUCAAACCGAGUACAUAUCACGAAAACGAAGCAUCUCGCAUCCCGUGAGGGUGAAACUUGCAUUUCUGUAGCUGAUCUACUCUCUCUAUCGCCGCCGAUCCAUAAUGUCCGGCCGCCACGAGAAAGAGAAGGGCGUAAAUGUUCAGGUGCUUCUUCGUUGCAGGCCGUUUAGCGAUGAAGAGCUCCGGAGCAAUGCACCGCAGGUCAUUACUUGCAAUGAGUACAGUAGAGAAGUGUCAGUGUCACAAAACAUUGCCGGAAAGCAUCUCGAUAGGGUUUUCACUUUCGAUAAGGUUUUUGGUCCUUCAGCUCAACAAAAAGAUCUUUACGAACAAGCCGUGAUUCCAAUAGUGAAUGAAGUUCUAGAGGGCUUCAACUGUACAAUAUUUGCAUAUGGUCAAACCGGUACCGGGAAGACUUACACGAUGGAAGGUGAAUGCAAGAGGUCAAAGAGUGGGCCAAACGGAGAAUUGCCCCCAGAAGCUGGGGUUAUAACUAGGGCCGUAAAGCAGAUAUUUGAUACUCUUGAGGGUCAGAAUGCAGAAUACAGUGUAAAAGUUACUUUCUUGGAACUGUACAAUGAGGAGAUCACUGACUUGCUUGCGCCUGAGGAACUUUCAAGAGUUGCUUCGGAGGAUAAGACAAAAAAGCAGUUGCCUCUGAUGGAGGAUGGAAAAGGUGGAGUUCUUGUUAGAGGUCUGGAGGAGGAAAUUGUGACUAGUGCGAGUGAGAUUUUUACUCUUCUUGAAAGAGGGUCUGCAAAACGUCGCACAGCAGAAACUUUGCUAAACAAGCAGUCAAGUCGGUCACAUUCUCUCUUUUCCAUUACAAUACACAUCAAGGAAGCAACACCAGAAGGUGAAGAACUAAUUAAAUGUGGCAAGCUUAAUCUGGUUGAUUUAGCUGGAUCAGAAAAUAUAUCUCGUUCUGGUGCUCGGGAGGGCCGUGCAAGAGAAGCUGGAGAAAUCAACAAAAGUUUACUGACUCUAGGGAGAGUUAUUAAUGCGUUAGUAGAGCAUCUUGGGCAUAUCCCGUACAGGGAUAGCAAGCUUACACGGUUACUUCGUGAUUCACUGGGAGGAAGAACAAAGACAUGCAUUAUAGCCACAGUUUCACCUGCAGUGCACUGUUUGGAGGAAACCUUAAGUACACUGGAUUACGCGCAUAGGGCCAAAAAUAUAAAAAAUAAGCCAGAGGUUAACCAAAAAAUGAUGAAGUCAACUUUGAUCAAGGAUCUUUAUGGUGAAAUUGAACGCCUAAAGGCAGAGGUUUAUGCUGCACGUGAAAAAAAUGGUGUCUAUAUUCCAAAGGAGCGGUACCAUCAGGAGGAGAGUGAGAAAAAGGCCAUGGUAGAUCAGAUUGAGCAAAUGGGGAUUAUGCUAGAAACCCAUCAAAAGCAACUUGAGGAACUGCACGAUAAACAUAACUUCCAAAUCCUGCAAUGCUCCGAUUUGAGUCAUAAACUGGAUGUCACUGAGAAAAACUUGAAUCAAACCAGAAAAUUGCUAGCCAACUCCGAGGAGGAACUUAAGAAAUGCCAGUAUGCUCUGACGGAGAAGAAUUUUGUCAUCUCUGAACAGAGAAAAGCAGAAAACGCACUGGCUCAUCAAGCUUGUGUUUUACGAUCUGAUUUGGAGAAAGCUCUUCAAGAUAAUGCAUCAUUGUUUUCAAAAAUUGGAAGAGAAGACAAACUUAAUGCUGAUAACAGAUUGGUGGUGAACAAUUUCCAAGAUGAGCUUGCCCAACAAAUUGGUUCGCUUUGCAACUUGGUGGAAACUUCAUUGUCUGAGCAGAAAGAACACCUCCUGAGCGUUGAGAAACUUUCUCAUUCUUUUACAGGCAUACAUGAGAAGGCUGUUGUGGAUGUCAAGGAAAAAAUUACGACUUUGAGGGCUUUGUAUUUGUCUCAUAUUGAGGCAGUGCAAAACGUUGUGCGAUUGCACAAGGCGGGUUCUAAUGCUGGACUGGAGCAGAUUUCUUCUCUGGCUGCUUCUAAUGCUCAUUCUAUUGAAGAACUUUUAGCGUCAGAGGCCUGUGAAGCGGCUUCAAUAUUUAAUGAUCUUCAGAGUACUCUAUCCUCUCACCAAGGAGAAAUGGCUGUGUUUGCAAGGGAACUGCGACAGAGAUUCAAUGUUAGUGUUGAGCAAACAAGGGACAUUUCUGAUUUCUCUCAAGGAUUUCUUCAAAAGCUUCUGGAAGAAUCAAAGAGGCUUGCAAAUUAUGCAGUGCAAGCUGAUGAAAUUCAUGUGAGAAGCGUUGCAGAGUUUCAAAAGGCCUAUGAGGAGCAGUCAAAAUCUGAAGCAGACAAGCUUAUAGCUGAUGUGACCAGCCUGGUCACAUAUCACAUUCAGCGUCAAAAGAAGCUGGUUGAUACAAGGCUUGUAGAUCUCAAAGAAAGUGCUAUUGCAAACAAGGCGUUCUUGGAUGGACACGUUUUAUCGAUGGAGGGUAUUACAACAGAUGCAAAAAGAAAGUGGCAAACAUUUUCUACACUAGCGGAAAAUGAUGCCAACGAUAGUGCUGAAUACUCUGCUGCUAAACAUUGUCGUAUGGAGGUACUCCUAAAGCAAUGUGUAAAUACUGCUGAGUCGGCUUUCGAGCACUCGAAAAGGACACACGUGUGUGUGAAUGAGAUGGGCAAUAAACAUGUUUCCGCAAUGGUGUCACUUGUCAGGAGUGCUUCUGAUAGCAAUGAACAGCAUGACGUUGAGAUUAGUUCUGCACGGCUUGCGGCUGAGCAAGAUGUGUCAAGGAAUUGCGAGGAAACACUUCAGCAUGUUGAUAGUGUAUCUGAGCAGGAGCAAAGCUCUAUAUCUGGAAUUUUGGAGAUUGUGAAAGCCCAUCAAAAUAUCCUUCAAGUUUUCAGGGAGGAUCACUCUGGCCAAGCAGCAUGUAUAGAAGAGAAGGCACAGAACACCUUCCAGCAGCGAUAUAUGGAUUAUGAGCCUAGUGGCACAACGCCAACAAGAUGUGAGCAAGAGGUCCCGAGUAAGGGGACCAUUGAGUCACUCCGAGCCAUGCCGAUGGAAGCCCUCAUCGAGGAAUUCCGAGAAAAUCAUUCACAUGUAUCAUUUGACGGGAAGGAAUCUAAACCUUCGCUUAUACCACGCUCACCGCUCAUCCAACUGAACUAAAAAUUGGAGUCUUGGCUCAUUUGCAUGCGUAAUGGAACGAAAUAUGUAUCUGUAUUAUUUGUAAGAAUGCAGCAGACGGAGGUAGGAACUUAGGAGGGUGUAUUAAUAUUGUCCAUGUCCAGUAUAGAGUAAUAUUAAAUCCUGUCUUGGGAUUUAGCAACUAGCUUCAGCUUGCUAUGAGGAAUGUGUAUCGACGCAAAGUUGGGUUCAUGAUUAAAAUUUAUUUUUGGAACACAAUUAAA